AGAGCCGCCCCCUCCCCCUGCCCACGUGGUCUCGGCCACUGCCCCGAACCGCUCACGAGUUCGCGGCUUCGGGGCGGCCGCUUGUCCGCUUCCAAGUGUGCGCCGGUGGCUUCUCCCGCAAGCGCUCCAGGUAGCGCGCGGUCGCCGCUCCGAGAUCCUGCGGGGCUGUGGGGGUCCCAGGACCGCGCUUGGACGCGCCGCCGGCACCGCCCUCCGCCCUCCCCACCCGUAGGCCGCGGCCCCGUUGGCAUCCGGAGGGGAGAUGGUCGUGCUUUCGGUGCCCGCGGAAGUCACCGUGAUCCUGUUAGAUAUCGAAGGUACCACAACCCCGAUUGCUUUCGUGAAGGACAUUUUAUUUCCUUACAUCAAGGAAAAUGUUAAAGAGUAUCUGCAGACGCACUGGGAAGAAGAGGAGUGCCAGCAGGAUGUCAGUCUUUUGAGGAAACAGGCUGAAGAGGAUGCCCACCUGGACGGGGCUGUCCCCAUCCCCGAAGCGACUGGGGACGGAGCGGAGGACCUGCAGCAGAUGAUUCAGGCCGUGGUCGAUAACGUGUGCUGGCAGAUGUCUCUGGACCGAAAGACCACUGCCCUCAAACAGCUGCAGGGCCACAUGUGGAGGGCGGCGUUCACAGCUGGGCGCAUGAAAGCAGAGUUCUUUGCAGAUGUAGUUCCAGCAGUCAGGAAGUGGAGAGCGGCUGGAAUGAAAGUGUAUAUCUAUUCUUCAGGGAGUGUAGAGGCACAGAAACUGUUAUUUGGGCAUUCUACAGAGGGAGAUAUUCUUGAGCUUGUCGAUGGUCACUUUGACACUAAGAUUGGACACAAAGUGGAGAGUGAGAGUUACCGAAAGAUCGCAGACAGCAUUGGGUGCGCAACCAGCAACAUUUUGUUUCUGACAGACGUUACUCCAGAGGCCAGCGCUGCGGAGGCGGCGGACGUGCGCGUGGCCGUGGUGCUGAGACCCGGCAACGCGGGGCUGACGGACGACGAGAAGACGCACUACAGCCUCAUCACGUCCUUCAGCGACCUGUGCCUGCCCUCCUCGCCCUAGGGCGGCGCCCCGACUCAGAGCUGUCCCCUGGCGCCUAGUUCUGUUCUAGUGGUACAAGUAACUCACUUAAGAAAUGCACCUGUGUACACAUGUGCAUGCAAGUCUAGAUGUGUGUGUGCUCACAUUAACCUCCACACGAGUGAGGAGAAGUCUCAGUUCACUGAAAACAACUUACGUAAAGAUGCUUUAUAUGUAGACACUGUUUGAAACAGUACUCUAACCCGUACUGAGGGCGACGUGUAGUUGCUAGAAGAAAUUGCUAAAAUACAGAUCUAAUGUGUUACGUUUAUCAAGUCAUGUACCAAAAAGGAAAGCUAGUUUUGAGAAAUUAUUCAGAAGCCUUGUUUUAAAAACUGAAAUUGUCUCAAAGACUUAUUUCUGAUAGUAAUUAGAAAUAGGUCUGAUAUAGCCCCUGUUUAAUUGUAAGUUAGAAACGACAGUAGCUCCUUUUCAUAUUUGUCUCCCUGUAUAUACAAGGCAAAAGGUAUUUGUUCCUGCUUCAAAAGAGAGCAAAAUCGGGAAAGAGUGCUCACUAGAGUCUUGAUCAGUCAAGUGUCUGGUACUUAAGAAGAAACUUGCUGACGAUUGCGGCACCCACAGCAAGCAGUCGCCUUACCAGGGACAGAGGUGCACCCAUUAACUGGCUGAAAUAGAGAUGUGGUUCUUAGUGUUUAACAAAACAGUCCUAAUUCUGCUGGUUAUCAUUAUAGAUGUUAUAGUUGCCUUUCUAACUACUACUUAGCACAGUUCGAGAAUAUAUGUUAAUUGCCAUUUACUAUUAAUAAAAAAAGAUUUUACUGAAGUCAGUUCAUAAGAUCAAGAAGAGCCCUAAUAUGUAAUAUUUUCCUCUGAAAUGGAUGUGAGAAAUGUAA